CUGAGCGAUACGCACGUAUUCCGUUGGUGCAGUGUUUCCUCUGCUUUCCUUUUUUACCGAAGGUAAAUAAAGCAGUCUGAGUGCCCGAGUCUGAGAGACAUCCUCGUCGGGGACUGGAGGAGACUCUUACCUGGAGACGUCAGUCUUAUCUUUCCGGAAAGGCGAAGCCAAGAGGAAAGAGAAAGAAAUACAACUGUUUCCCCUCUGACUGACUGCGCAGCGGUCUUCUCCAUGUAUACGCGUGUGCUCCAGUGUCUUCUCGACGUCCCGUUGGCGUUGUCGUGAGUUUCCGCCGCAGUGUUUAUCUCCCUGCAAAGACGUCAACGCGUACCUUCUUCGCGAAAACUGUUGUCUAUCUUCAGAAUGCUUCCUGAAGAUCUUACUCCUUAUCUUACCGAGAAUCAUUUAAUGAAUUCUCUUCGUCGUUAUACUGACAAUAAGAAUUCUCACGAGGGAUCAAUUCGCAGUGGUUCCGCAUUGUCUGUGUACGCCGGAAUAUUCGAAGAACAGAAAAUUCUUUGCUUCGUCUCAGCAAAUGAGAAUGAGGUUACCUCCCGCGCACAGUAACCGACACGACUGUGACUACUGUCAUUGCUACCAGAACGAUCAGAACGACCAGAACCACCAUAGCAACGUCAUCGCCAUCAUCAUUAUUCAGACACAAAAUGAUUGCCAGUGAUAAAAGUACUCGAUAAAAGUAUAAGACGUUCCGGUAAAACAGUUGUCUUGAUACGUUUUGUGAAAAUAGUUUCAAAGCAACGAUACCAUUGUCAAGAGUGACAGUUCCAUCUACCAGCCAAUCAGCUGUUUUGUGCGGCCCAAGGCGUUGUUCACAAAAAAGAAAUACAGGCAUCGGAAUAGUCAGUAGAUGAGAGCCGAAGCCAUGUACCUUCAACGAUUUUGGAUUUCGAAACGUGAAGCAGCGAACUGCAAGUGUUAAACUAGUUAGCGAGCAAUGCGGAACCCAAACGACAUACCCUCGGCUAAGAAGUCGUGCUUCGUAAAAUCAAUUCCAUUAGUCGGUAACUACAUACUCGGCGACACAUUCUCUUGCUGGAUCGGAACUCUGAGUCGUGCUUCAAUUUACGAGUGAACGUUGUUGUGCUUCAAGGCGAAACCUUUGGGAGUCCAGUUGAAAAUUAUUGGAAUAUUUCAGAACCAAUAUAACGAACAAGAGGAAUCGGCCAUUGCUACGAGAUAUCGGAUACAGCGCUUCCCGAUGAAGUUCCAGGGCCGAGGCCACGAGACUCUGCACGCUUACAUUAUUCUUCUUGAACAGGGUGAAGGAAAAUACGAAAAUGCUCUCGUACAUGUUACCGACCGAUGACAAGCCUCCUCCAGGGAACAACAAUCCGAAUUACCACCUGGAGAAGCUGUCCAGUCAGAGGAGCGUCCUGGUGCAAGCCUCCUCGCCGACGAAGAUCGUCGAGUCGAGCAAAGCGAUGAUCGGGACGAUAGCAUCGCGGAUCGACGAUUCCCGGGAUCACGUUGAACUUCAAAAUCAAAAUGGCAGCCUGGUCGAGAGUCCGAAGUACAACGGCACGACGGCGACUAGGAAGUCGACCCUCCACUCGUCCUCGAGGGUCGUCAAGGACGACAGUCUCUAUAGCAUCGGCAGCGACGCCAGCACCGUGGGAAGCGAAAAGAAACAUAAAAUCUUGAACGGGGCCAAACACGCCAGUCUCAAGAGGGUGUCCUUCGGGUCGAGCAAGGGCUCGAUGGUAGAGACACUGGUCUAUGAGACUCCAGUUCAAGAGGAACCGGAAAUGAACCAUUUUUUGGAACACAAUGGCCGUCUACCCGCUCCCAUGAUUCCGGUUCCGGAUACCGACGAAGGAAGAGAGAGGGUACGAGUAUCUCUAUUGGAACCGGCGCCCUCGCCCGCGACGCCGGGCGUCCUUCUCCUGGAACCAGUCAUCCCUCCGGGUCACCUUGUAGACGCCAUGGCUACCAGCCCUGCGGAACUUCUUACUACUCACACGGAUCACACCACUCCCACCUACCACACGCAGAUCAGCACCGACAGCGGCUGGGACAAUCCAUUCAGGCCGGACGGUGACCUCUCGAGAGAGGCCGACGAGAUAGUCGAGCUGAUAAAGGGAGGCAAGCCUAUAACACCUACUCCUGGACAGAAUGCGCCGCCUUUGCCGGGUUGCGAAGCCUCGAGCAAAACGCCAAGUGGGGAAAACGACUCCAGCUCGAGUCCCCUGUUGAAGUCUGGCGCGAACGCCACCCCCGCGCAGCAGGCCAACUCCUCGCCCAGGAUCAAUCAGGGUAACGGAAAUGCUCAUAGUACGCCGGUCAAAGCCAACGCUUCCGUCAACAGCCAGCAGCCCGUCAACGAGAAGGUUGGGUCAGCGACGAAUGCUGCGACGGUCGAGGUCGGCAGGGUCACUGCUCAGGGUCCUGGCGACGCAUCACAGGUCGAACACGUCACCCUGAAGAAGAAGCCAAAGUGCAAGUGCUGCGUUCUUCAGUAACGAGACCCAGAUCCAUUCUCAUUAUGGAAAAUGGAUCCGUCCUGGACGUGGCGAAGCUUCGACAGGGCUGGAUGCAGUCAAGAGAGGAGGAAGGUGCAAGGAGCAUACUCGUGAAGGAACCUCCUGAAUCCAGGAGCCGGAAAUAGGACUCCCGAGGAAGUCGGGAAUCGAUUGACUCGAUCAAAUACGUCAAUGGGAGAAUUACAAGAGACGGAAGUCACUAUACGUUCUGCGAGUCAUCCCCUAAGUGGAAAGCAUGAGGAAAUCAUAACAAAGGGCUAAUCGCUCCGUCUGCGUUCGAUCAUCCUCAGGAGUUAGUCGACCUGACGAAAUACUUUUUUACUUGCUAAAAGGGGAGACGCUAACGUCGUCCACGCUGCUCGCCGGCCCUGACAUAGUCGCGUCCUAUUCAUUUCUACGGGCGCAUCGCAACGCAAUCGGUUUGCCAUUCUGCAUUUAGCGAGGGACGAGCCUGCAACAUUGGUGUUCUGUCGAAUUCGCGUAGCGCGAAUGCGAAACGAGGCCUCUGAAAUAGAAGAACAAGAAACGAUUGGAGGCUAAAACGAGGGAAAAAUAGAAAUGAAUAUGAAAAUGACGAAGCUGGUCGUAACCGUCGUCGUCGUCGUCGUGAUGUAACCUGCCGGAAAAUCGAAGCACUUUUAGUGUAGCAUCAACAACAAAAGUAAUAAUUGAGGUCGUCGACGCGAAAAAGGAACGCAACGUUGUCCUAUUCCCGUGAGAACUGGAGACUCGAGUGAACGUCUGUGUGCGUAGAGACUAUUAAGCAUCUCCUAGGUGAUAUACAUAAUACGAGAUGAAGAAAGAAAAAAGAUUAUUAAAGUUUAUUGUAGAUACAAAAUGGUAGCUAUAUAGCUUAUAUGCUUUUACUAUUAAGAUUAAUAUCAUUGCGAUUUCUCACGGUCUUGAGACACACACAUUGAUCCUCUGACAUCCUAGAUACCGGCUUGAGAUCGUCUCGCGGAUGACCUAUGACCGGGAAGAAGGUGAAUGAAUGUAGAAAAAGGUAUGAAAAUCAGGAGAAAUAAAAUUGAUUCUGGAUACGUCGUAAUUCUGCGAAUAAAGUCACUCAUGGUGGUUGCACAUUUUGUGGUAAACAUUCAGGAUUCAGCAGUGAAUUGUAAAUACUUUGAAUUCUUUUGCGACGCAGAGGCGACGAGUAACGCGAGGGACGCACCUGGAUAAGAGGAUGGCUCGAGGCGAUUUAUAUGAGACAUUAGAAAAGCGAGGAGUAACAAAGACUAAGAAUAACUUCACUCGAAAAGGCUUGUUGGAGUUUUUUAAUUUUUAUAUUUGGAAACAACCUUUUCAUCAGGCGCGUUCCAUUCCCAACUGCUGCUAGUGCACAAAGUAAUGUAAAUCGCAUAACGUUAAGUGAAAUUAUAUUGGGUGGCGAGCGUUAUGUUGUUCUUCGCUGUAAAUCUCCCUUUAAAGUAGUGCAGCAUAGUUUAGGGAUGCAUGCACCCUCUACAAUCUAUUUAUUUAAAGUUCCCUUAUUUUUCUCCCUCUCUCGGUCCGUCACGUUUCUUCGUUUUCCCUCACGUUAUUUCCUUCGUUGUGCAUUGUUACUUUUAUCUUAGAUUAAGACCCUCCCUUAUUUAAAUUCUCUACGAUACGUAUGCAUAUGUAUAAAUAUUAUAUAUAUAUAUAUUUUUUCGAGUUCUCAAGCGUCUUUAAGUCUAUUAUGUCAUAGGUAUGUUGUCUCGUACAUAAAAUCUCGGAGCUAAGCGUUCGUGAAAUAAAACAAAAAGAAAUCGAAUGAAUCCCUCCCAAGAAAAGAGAAAGAAUUGCUAUAAUCCUGAAUAUUUACUUUCAUCAAAGCGACAUUAAUUCGUACUGCGAACACAAACAGAAACGUGCGCGUCCAUGUAACAAUGCGUACCGACUAACCAGUCAGUAACAGCUUUCUCACUAAUUUAAAAAAAAAAAAAAGCGAAGUAAAGGUCAUCGAGGGUCGAAUCCGUCGUGUGACGGGAUAAUAAAAAAAGGUCCCUGCGUACUUUGAUAAUCUGUGGUUAACCCGAAGAAUAAAGAAAAAUUGUCGCUCGUACGAAUUUCGUGCACCUGUGCUUCUGCAGCACGCUGGCUAAUGAAUCAUUCUCACUAGCGAUUCUGUAGCGAGACUAACGUUGAGUCCGUCACUUCCGGAGCCAAUGAAAAAGUACAUGGUUUGCCUAUAGAUGAAUUCACCUGUAUACACGUUUUCUAUGUAACAUAACGUUAUUGUGCGUCCUGAAGAAGGUUCACAUAGGAGUACAGUCGCGAAAUUGAAAAUUCUGCAUUAAUACUAGGGCGAUGUAAUGUAAAUUUGCUAUGGAGGGAAGCAGCCUCGAGGAAACCGGAAGCACGUUGGAAGAGCAAUGAUAGACGAAGAGAAGGGAGAGGGUCCUUUAUGGACGCGAGAAUGUUCAAAGACGAAUUAUUUUUGACGAGAUAUAAAAAUCACGAUAUUUUGAAUGGACGUGUAUCGAAGAACGAGAAUUAAAAGAGCCUCAUGUGGCGUAACGAACCA